AUGCCGCUUUUAACACCUAUUAACUUUCUUUCAUGGCUAAAAGAAAAUGAACAUAAAUUACAACCACCAGUUAAUAAUUUAUUGAUACAACGUGGCGAUUUUAUUAUAAUGGCGGUUGGAGGACCUAAUGCCAGAACUGACUAUCAUGUAAAUCAAACAGAAGAAUGGUUUUAUCAAUAUAAAGGUGAUAUGAUUUUGAAAGUUGUUGAAGAUGGCCAUGUGUUUAAAGAUAUUCCUAUCAAAGAAGGUGACAUGUUUUUAUUAUCAGCAAAUACACCACAUAAUCCCGUUCGAUUUGCAAAUACAAUCGGGAUAGUGAUUGAAAGAAAUCGUCGUCCUGAAGAAAUUGAUAAAUUACGAUGGUAUUGUGAGGAAUGUAAAAAUGUUGUAUAUGAAGAAAGUUUUCAUUGUUAUGAUUUGGGUACUCAAUUAAAACCUGUAAUCGAAAAAUACGCAAAAAAUGAAGAUUUAAGACUAUGUAAAAAAUGCGGCCAUUUGAAUUCUGCAAAAUAG